CUCUUUCGUCUCCAUCAUUUUCUGAUUUUUUCCCUUCUUUUGUCUACCUCUUGUUCUUCUUCUUUAACUUCUUCUUGUUACUGUUGUUGUUCUUCUUCCCUUGCUCUUCUUUCUUUUCCUUUGUAUUCUUUUCUUCUUCAUUCUUCCCUUUCGUCUCCAUUCUUUUCUGGUUAUUUCCCUUCCUUUCGCCUGCUGCUAAGAGGACAAGGCUAAGGGUGUCGCAGGCGGCGCCAUGUCAAGGCGUGUACUUGUACCCGCGCGCAACAUCCUGUCCCAGCGCUGAAAACAGGAGAAUGAUCUAAGACGUCCAGUGUCUCCCUCUUCGUGACGCGAGUGGUCGCUGCUCGUUGAAAUAUCCAGAGUAUAUACUCUGGAAAUAUCUAUCCAAGCUGGGAAGGGGUGCGCACGACUCGAUCCCUAUACCCCCCCCCCCCCCGCACACACACACACACACACACGGUGAGCCACGAUGAACACCAGGCUGUCCUUAUUCAUGGUGUUUCUGAAGUCAUUGUUGCCCGCGCCCGGAGCCUCCCUCAGCCCAGGCCUGGACCCACGCUGCCCCGCCGAUACUACCAUCUUGGGGGAUGAUGAAUGGGCGAACAUUACCACAAUGCAAAAUCUGACGUACGACUGGAGCAAAUUCUUGUACGUGCACCCCGAUCCAGCCUUCAAGGGGGUGAGGCUCGUGGCGGCGGGCGAUGGCUGGCAGCAGGACGCCUGGUUCACGCUGGACAACACUUGCUUCCCUCUGGACGCACGGUGGUGGAGGUUGUGGGCACGUAUACAGAGAAGGAGGAACGAUGACAACAACAAUGAUGGCUUUCUUGGCUUUUAUGUACGGACUGGUGAUUGUUACCUUGCAUGCCACAGAACAGGCCACUUCCUUAAUGCCGUGAAUGUUACUGUUGUGGCUCACGGGCCCUCAAGGUGGAGAUUAACGUACCCGCGGCAAUGCAGUGUAGAAGAACACAUACAACACAGAUACUCAUGGAUAAACUGCAACUCCCACCCCCCCACCACCACCACCACCAUCGCCAUCAUAGUCGUGCCGGUGAUGAUUGGUGUUGCUGUUGUUGUUGUUGUUCUGCUAGUGGUGCUGACGAAGUGUUACCGGCAGCGAAGGGUAAAUCCAGUGCCCCGCGUGCCGACGCGACGUGGACUGGCCGCCUCCUGGCGCGUCGGUGGCGAGGUGGCGGUCAGCGACAGCCACGUGGAGCCGCCCACGGGCCCCACCGUGCUCCCGCGCGUGGCGCCGCGGCAGCAGGAGCACAUCUUCGACGACGACGACGAGGAGCACAUCUACGACGAGUUCCCCGACCCUCUAAUCUGCCAGCAGAUCCCCGAGCCUCCAAUCUACGAGGAGAUCCCCGGGCCUCCAAUCUACGAGGAGAUCCCCGGGCCUCCAACCUACGAGAAUAUCUCCGAGCAUCCACCCAGCCACGAGGCCGAAAACUUUGACUCCGAUGAUGGUGGUUACCUCACCCCGAGGCGAGCACCCCCGGGCACACCCUCAGGGCACCCAGCCAGCCACGAGGCCGAAAACUUAGACUCCGAUGAUGAUGCUUACCUCACCCCGAGGCGAGCACCCAUGGGCACACCCUCAGGGAUCACAAAAGGCUGAGGGCGUGCGUGAGACCUCGCUCCCGACGCACGGGGUCACGGCCGCUGCCGCACCCAGGCCAGCACGCCACGCAGGGGUAAAGCCUCAGUCACACAUUCACGACAAUGACUCCCGGCGCCCUCCCGACAUCAGACCACGCGCUGCCAGUUUUGGAAUGUCGCGCUGCAAGACGUACGUAACGACCAUCGUAAGUCCAUCCCCUUGAGUGCCGACCAUAGCCGAUGUCGAAACGACGUUGUUGCGACGUCGUUGAGAUGACAUCCGACGGCCGUAGCUUAUUCGCAACGGGUGACAGAUAUCGGGGAGGGCCCCGAUUGUUUUGAAAAUGUCCAAAACUGUCGGCGUGCGGCCCGACGGUGGGAGGCGUGGUCUGAGUCGGGAGAGCGCCGGGAGUCAUAGUCGUGAAUGUGUGACUCGGGCUUAAGCACUGCAGGAUGAGGGCAACCAGGCGGCAGCACAGUGCCCUCCAGCCGAGCAGGGGGCAGCACCGUGCCCUCCAGACAAGCAGGGGGCAGCACCGUGCCCUCCAGACAAGCAGGGGGCAGCACCGUGCCCUCCAGACAAGCAGGCGGCAGCACCGUGC